AUGGCGAACAAAAACCCACCUAUUCCGCCUGAGGGUAACGAACAAAGCGUUAAACGUCACCACGGCUCUACUUUAAUGGCUACCUACCCCGCCCACAAGACCAUCGACCAAGCCAGCAAGAUGCUGACAACUCUUCCCAGCAUCAGCUCCGUCAUGGGUCUGCAACUGAAGCGAUCCCCAGCAUCCAACGACAUUGCCAAAAACACCUCACCUCAAGCCGCGCUUGAAAACGCGACAGAAGGGAGCAGCAACGCUUCUUCAAGAUCGAACCAUGUACACGACAAAGCUCCCCGGCCCGCUGCCUACAUGUCCAGCGCAUCUGUCGUACCUCAAGUCCUUGCCACUGCCAAGCCUAUCAAGACGAAAGGCGAGGCCGGCGACAAAAACUUUGCCGCGAUCAGGGACGAUCAGAACGGCAAUGGUGGGCCUGGUCCAAAGCCUUGCGAUCAGGGUCUCGAAGCCAAGAAACAAGACCUUGAGGAACGCGCCGAGGAGGCGAGGGAGCUGUAUGUUCAGAAGAUGGUUGCGGCGGGUCAUUGGCAUGUGCAAGACCGUCCCAGCGGAGGUUGA